AUGAAUGAUCUGGUGGCGGCGGGCAGCCUGCUGGCUCUGCUCAUCCUCUGGACACUCUUUGGGAACGUGCUGGUGUGCGCGGCCAUCGUCCGCUACCGGCACCUGAGGAGCAAGGUGACCAACAUCUUCAUCGUGUCCCUGGCUGUCUCGGACCUGCUGGUGGCUCUGCUAGUCAUGCCCUGGAAGGCGGUGGCUGAGGUGGCCGGGUACUGGCCCUUUGGGGCUUUCUGCAAUGUCUGGGUGGCCUUUGAUAUCAUGUGCUCCACGGCCUCCAUCCUGAACCUGUGCGUGAUUAGUGUGGACAGGUACUGGGCUAUUUCCAGCCCUUUCCGCUAUGAGAGGAAGAUGACCCAACGGUUGGCUCUGGUGAUGAUCGGCGUGGCGUGGGCUUUGUCUGUGCUCAUCUCCUUCAUCCCUGUCCAGCUCAACUGGCACAAAGGUGGGGAUGUUGUUGCUGCUGGUGAUAUGGGGGAUGGAUUUGGCACUGACUGGGCAGCAGCGGAGAGCUGUGACUCCAGCCUCAACAGGACUUACGCUAUUUCCUCCUCCUUGAUCAGUUUUUAUAUCCCUGUGGCUAUCAUGAUAGUUACCUAUACUCGAAUCUACCGCAUUGCCCAGGUGCAGAUUCGUCGGAUCUCUUCCCUGGAGAGGGCAGCCGAGCACGCGCAGAGCUGCCGGAGCAGCCACGUUGACUGCCACCAUCACACAAGCCUCAAGUCCUCCAUCAGGAAAGAAACCAAGGUUUUGAAGACUCUCUCCGUCAUCAUGGGUGUCUUUGUCUGCUGCUGGUUGCCAUUUUUCAUCUUGAACUGCAUGGUUCCCUUCUGCGAGAGCCCACCCAGUGACCCCCACGCUGGCCUUCCUUGCGUCAGUGAGACCACCUUUAAUAUCUUCGUUUGGUUUGGUUGGGCCAACUCCUCUCUCAACCCCAUCAUCUAUGCCUUCAAUGCUGACUUUAGAAAGGUCUUCUCCAACCUCCUGGGAUGUGGUCAGUUUUGCUCUAGUACUCCAGUGGAGACUGUUAAUAUAAGCAACGAGCUUAUCUCUUACAACCAGGACACCCUUUUCCAUAAGGAGAUAGUGACUGCUUAUGUUAACAUGAUCCCAAAUAUGGUUGACUGUGAGGAAAACCGCGAGGACCCUUUUGAUAGGAUGUCCCAGAUCUCCCCCGACCAUGAGAUUGCCACUGACUCUGUCUGUGAGCUGGACUGCGAGGGGGAGAUUUCACUAGGCAAAAUAACACCUUUCACUCCAAAUGGUUUACAUUAAAUUGCAUCCUGCCCUGGUCAGUCCUUCUUGGAUUAUACGACAAAAUAUUAGCACUGAGUGGAAAAACCUGCUUGAUUUUAUGCUAUAGUUUGGUCAGUCACUUCAUGCUAAACUCACUUCUAGGUGUAGCACUUUGCAGGAUGUCGACACUGUCAUACAGGGAGCUGGCAGCACAAGCUUAAUGCAGCACCUCCCCAGGCUGACAGAGGACCAGGCAGUCGUGUUGAUUAGCUGUGGUGAGGUAUUGUGGUAUAAUUACAGUCAGUUCAUGUUUAUAACAUGUUUGCAAAUGAAGGGUGCCAUUGUCAGUGCUAAGUAUUACAACUUCUAAAAUCAGGGACAGACGUGGCUGGCAUAGACAUUAAAUAGAAAAAAAUUCUAGGCUGUUCGUUUGUUCAGAUCUUAUUAUUUCUUUUUCUCUGUUGUUUUUUUUUGUUUGUUUGUUUGUUUUGUUUCCUUUUUUUUGUUUGUUUUGUUUUUAAGAUAGAAAUAGUGAGGUGGUGAUUUGGAUGAUUAUUUAAAUGCGUGUUUCUGCCAAAACAGUUUAUGUGAAAUCCAUGUUUUCCUAGGCGGCGUUGUUGCCUAUGAUAUCCUUGCCAUGUUCCCAGAUGAAUAAAUAAAAAGUUACAUUGAUC